AUGUCCAGCAUCGUGGCAAUUGAUCCGGAUCAAAGUGCCUCCUCGGGCCUUACCAAUGAGGUUGCCGGAAGACUAGCUUUCUUUGACAGAGACGAGCAGAACAAUGAUACUGCAUCUGCACAGCCAACGCCCAACAAAGAAAAAGUUUGCAAUGAAAAGAAGCUUGAAUCAUCCGGUGACGAAGGGGAUGAUGACAGUGAUGUCGUAAAUCGCAAGCUAAAUCAAUUUCUAUCAGAGCUGAAGAACUGCGGGGAAACCGAAAAGAAAUCGAGAGUGGGAAAUGCGCUCUACCAAGAAAUCUAUCGCAUGCAACCCGAACUUGCUGGCAAACUCACCGGGAUGUUUCUCGAGGCAACCGAGGAUCUUGAUAGACUAUCAUUCCUCAUCUUCUCCCCGGGUGCCCUGCAGCUCCACCUCUCUCAAGCUCUUUCUGUGCUGAAUUCCGCACAACCUUCACCUUCCGACACUGAAGUGGUCAGCCCCUCUUCUGAGAAGAAGACGGAAGCAAGGACGCCUUCCUCCCCCUCGGAGCGAGAGAUGACUGGUUUGAAGAGGAAUCACCCGAGAGGUGGAGCUUCCCAAUAUCCGUACAACGGGAAGAAGGCCAGGAUCAGCCCUUUCUUUGCAGAGAUUGUUGAUGACACCGGCAAAAGAACUAGAGUUCCUUGCAAGUAUGAUGUGACCAAUAAGAUGUACGUGCCGACUGGUGGAAGAGAUGUGAUCCCUGGAGGCAAAGUUGGGACCAGAGACAAGACUGCUGAAGACUUGCAGGCCCUUCCACUUGGCGAAAUUGAUGAAACAAAGCUGCGAGCUCGCCAAAAGCAAAUCGACAUAGGGAAGAACACGGAGGGUUACAAGCGCCUCAUGGAUCAAGGUUUCUCUGGGCGUCAGCUCCAGGACAUCAUCGGGCUCCCAUACAUCACGGAGGAAGGAGUACUCGAGCUCACGCUGAUCUGUGGCAAGAGGAGAUAUGAUGGAUACCUCCGCAUGUGGAAGCGCAAGCUCUAUGAGUUUGCUGGGCUGCAGAAGAUCGACUUCAAGUCCUUCCCUCCCAUCUCCGCUGACUUCUCCCCGCAUCCCCAGCCUAAGUCCAACAAUCGCAAGCAGGCCAAUCCUGUGAGAAAUGCUCCUUCCUCACGAUCGUGGGCGAUGCGUGUGGCUACCUCGUGA